AUGGCGACGGCGGCGGCCGCGAAGACUCCGACGAAGCCCCUGGGCCCCGCGUCGGCGGCCAGGACUCCGACCAAGCCACUGGGCCCAGCGGCGGCGGCGGGCAACACGCCGACGAAGACGCCCUGCUCGGCGCGCGCGCGGCUCUCCCACGCGUCCGAGAACGCCCACCCCAACAUCCCCGGAACGCCUCCUCCCCCGCAGCCGACCCCGUCCAAGCCCGUCCUCAGGUCCCCGGCGGCCGCGGGCGCCAAGUCCGCCGCCUCCGCGAAGAAGAAGCCCUCCACGCCCGCGCUCGCGGCGCCCCCGCCGCCUCCGCGGGAGCGGGAGCGGCGGUUCCUCGUGGCGAAGAAGGGCGCGCGGCGGAGGCGCAACGUCGGGAGCGUGGGAGGCGGCGGCGGGGGCGAGAUCGACUUCGACAAGUGCCGCGAGGCCGCGCACCAGGCGCUGCGCGCGUCCCAGGAGGAGUUCUUCCGCAAGCAGCGCGCCGAGGUCGCCGCUGCCGUGGAGGAGCAAUUGGUGGUGCAGCAGGAGGAGGAGGUGAAGGCCGCAGCUGAAGAGGAUGCGAAAAGCAGCGCCUUAGAAGAUGAGCUGGAAGGGAACGAGGCGGAACUGGAGGGGAGCAGCAAGGUGAGGGCGAUGCGGACGAAGGCGAUGGCAAAGGCGAUGAGCAGCGUUCCAGAUCCUGGCGCCGGCCGCGUCAAGCAUCUGGUGCACGCGUUCGAGAGCCUGCUCACCAUCUCCGCAGCCACCUCCGACGCAGAAAAGGCCGGCGAGGGCUCAUGGGCGCUGCCCGGGUUGCAGCCGUUGAAGGAUGAGCCCCCACCGAUAUCGGUGUUCUCGUCGGCUGAUUUCCUCAAAGCAGGGCCUAAUAGGCUCUGCUCGUCGCUUGAUGGCAACACCGACAGGCUGAGCUGGGACAGCAGAACAUCAGCUGGAGGGCGUAGGAGCAGGAGAAACUCAUCGGAGUCGCUGAGGAGCAGCUGGAACAAAAAGCUCAAGGUCACAAGCCAGCAUCCCUUCAAGCUAAGGACUGAGCAAAGGGGAAGAUUUAAGGAACAGCAGUUCGUCCAAAAGAUGCAGGAGAUGCUUUUGGAGGAAGAGAAGAAGCGUAUCCAUAUUGCGCAAGGAUUGCCAUGGACUACAGAUGAGCCUGAGUGCCUGGUAAAGCCUGCAAUUAAAGAAAGAACUGAGCCGAUAGACCUUGUUCUGCAUAGUGAUGUGCGUGCACUUGAACGCGCCGAAUUCGAUCAGCAUGUGCUGGAGAGGAACAAGUUCGCUGAGCAGCAAAGACUGGAGUGGGAGAGGCAACAAGAGUUGGAGGAGCAAGAAAGGAUAAGGCAAUUGAGAAGGACAGAGCUUAUUCCUAAAGCACAACCCAUGCCAUACUUUGACCGGCCCUUUAUCCCGAAAAGGUCGACAAAACCUGCAACAAUUCCCAUGGAACCAAAAUUUCACCUGCGACCAGAAAAACUAUCGUGUUACUGUCGACAGCACUGCAUGGAGCUUGGAAAGCUGAAGCCACCGCUACAACAGCCGUGUGAACAUCAGCUACAUCAGUCCAGAAAUUCAGAGCAUCGUCACACAUGAUCCAGAUGUUUUAUGUUCCCUCUCCUCUUCUUGAUCCUUCUUGAUUCGUCCUUCGCCCAUAUGUGAAGAAUUUUCUGUCAGAUUUAUAUUUUUAACUUGCUUGGAAAACCUCCAAGUUCUCUUCUGUAUAUGCAUGCAUAUCACUGGCUCUGUGCUUCAGGUGCAAUCACACUAAGGUUCAAAAAUCUUUUGUACAAGAAUCUGCGAAAGAAAUUCAAAGAUGAAUUUCGGUUAUGUAUUGUUUGUUGACUUAA